CAUAGUUUAUCGCCAUUUUUGCACAGCUCAGUGUUAGAUCGUUCUUGUCGACGGAAUUCAUCCUUUCCCGUCCUGCGAGUUCCAAUUCGAACAGAACCUUUAACCUGCCAUAAUGUCAAGAACUUUAAUAAUAGUUGCUUUGCUAGCCCCACUCUGUGCUUACGGCCAGGACACCAUCUAUAAUCAGAUCAUAACGGGGCAACAUGUGUACCAGGCUGGGGACACUAUGACGCUUAAAUGUACAGUGUCCCCAUCGCCCGUGCUAAUUCAGUGGACAAAGAAUAAUGUUAAAAUAAUCAACGGUGUAGCGGGUACAUCAAUUACGGUAAACUCGCUCUAUUCGAAGAACAUGGUGGAGAGCAUUCUGACGAUUGAGAACUUGUCUCCCAGCCAUUCAGGCUCAUAUAGGUGCAUGAGCGAUGGCAACCCAGAUCCCUUCAAGGUAGUGGUUGUCACCGUGGAAAGCUCACCUAGUGAAGUCACCCUGGACAGUGGCUCAAAUGGCCUACUUUACUGCACUCCGCACCCCAAAGCGUGGGAGGUGGUGUGGAGCAAGGAUGGCCACUUGGUGACCACAGACGAUCGCUACAGGCUGCUAAAGAAUAACACGUUGAUAAUAGUCGAUGUUGCGAUGCGUAGCUCGGGUGUAUACAUGUGCAGGCUUUCGGGCAUCGAGGGUCCGACUCCAAGCGUCAACAUCACUGUGCGCGUUGUUGGAAAAGAAUCGAUAAUCCUGUCCAAGUUUGGUGAAAGCGGGACGCUAAACUGCAACAGCGAUAAGAAAGUGCAGUGGACAAAAGAGGGCGCCGCACUGAACGAAUCGCUGACGGAGAAGUAUGAUUUUGGAACGAAUGCAUCGCUGACCGUUAAGGAUGUACAGCUGCCCGACGUUGGCGCCUACUACUGCACCCCGGCCGAGAAUGGCGAUUCCAGCGUCGAGUUCGAACUGCAAGUCAUGGGACACCCUAACGAAACCUUCCAUAAGUCCAAGAACAUCAUAGAGGGUGAUAACCACACGAUCACAUGCAGUCCCAUUGGCUCACCAGAUGGACUCAAUGUGACCUGGUACAAAGAUGCCAAGCUACUUGUCGAAAGCGAUCAUUUGAUGCUGCAGCAAGUGAAUAACAGCGACUCGGUGAGGCUGUUGAUCAUCAGUGCGAGGAUAAACGAAGAGAGCGGAAAGUUCGAGUGCCUCGUUAGAAACGACUUUGGUAACGCGAGCACCGUGAUAACGAUCCGCGUUAAAGACAAGUUGGCGGCUCUGUGGCCUUUCCUGGGAAUCUGUGCUGAGGUUGCCCUUCUCUGUCUGAUCAUAUUCAUCUACGAGAAGAAGCGCAGCAAAGAUGAGGAUGAUGACGACAUCGCUAACGAGAACAU